AUGACCUUGACAACAUAUGUCAAGGUCAAGAUUGAAAUGAGAGACAUGAGUCUCAAAUUUCCAAAUGAAAUUUCUUAUUGCGACGUCUCUGACGCUCGUCCUCGUGAUGCCGUCGGUACGCCGCAGCCGUCGCCGCCGUUGGUCCCCCCGACGUGGGAAUUGUUCAAAAUAUCGUCGAUGAAAACGCGGCACCUCCAGAACUAUUUUUUACAAAGUUCAACGAUGAAUGACGGAAGAAAACGAUUAAGCGGUUAUCAAUUCAGAAAAAAUGCUAAAGAAAAAAGGGAGAAAGAAGAAAAAGUAUUGAAACAAACUGCUACACUAGAAUUAUUUUUUUCAAAGUCUAACAGUACUAGUGUUGCUUGUGCUAGUACAAGAAAUGAUAAUAGUGAAACAGAAGCAGUUAAACGUGAUAGUAUCUUAAAUCAGUCCACGACUGCAGUUUGCAAGGAAGAAAAUGACAUAAUAAUAAAAGACGUAGAAAAAGAGACAACAACAAUAAACGAGAUCGUCAGUAGUGGGCACACUAAUUAUUUAUCUGCAACGAUUUAUGAAGAAUUAAUUCAGCUAAUGGCCAAGAAGACACAAGAGACUAUUCUUGCGGAAAUUAAAAAAGCGAAAUAUUAUUCUGUGAUAAUAGACUCGACACCCGAUAUAUCUCAUAUCGAUCAGUUGUCUUUUAUUAUAAGAUAUGUUCAAGAAUAUGGUUCACCAGUAGAACGUUUUAUUACGUUUCUUCCAAAUACAGGACAUAAAUCACAGGAAUUAGCAGAAACCGUCAGCAAAACACUUAUUGAUUUGGAUAUUGACAUAUCUAGUUGUAGAGGCCAAUCUUAUGAUAAUGCUGCUAAUAUGUCUGGUGCUUAUUCGGGACUUCAGAUGAGAAUCAAAGAACUAAAUCCUUUAGCUGAGUAUGUGCCAUGUGCUGCCCAUUCGUUAAAUCUCGUAGGAACCUGUGCCGCAAGUUGUUGUACUGAAGCAACAAAUUUUUUCGGUGUCCUCCAGGAACUUUUUAAUUUUUUCUCGGCAUCCACACACCGGUGGGAAAUAUUACAAUCAUAUAUGAAAGCCAAACUGACACUGAAGCGACUCUCAACAACACGGUGGUCUGCUAGAGAUGACGCUUGCCGAAGUUUGAAUGAAUCUUGGUUGGAGAUUAUUGAAGCUUUGUCCUUCAUUGAAAAUAACGCAGCAGAAAAAAAUAUAACCAGAAGUGAAGCAAAGGGAUUGCGAAUUCGUUUAGAACGAUUAGAAACCGCGUUUAUGGCUAUAUUUUGGGAUACUUUGCUUUCAAGAUUAAACGCAUCAAGUAAGAAACUACAAAGUAUAGAUAUUGAUAUCUCCAUUGUUUUAGAAUUGUAUAAGUCUCUUAUUAAUUUCGUCCAAAGGAUUAGAAACGACUUUGAUGAAUUUGAGAACAAAGCGAAAUUAUUGUCAAAUGAGCAGAAAUACGAAAGAUGUAAAUCCCGAAUAAAGAAAAGAAAAUUGCAACUUGACGAAUCACGAGAUGGCGAUGCUGAUGAAACGUUCAGCAGCAGAGAUCGUUUUCGAAUUGAAACAUUUCUUGUAAUUUUAGAUAGUUUACGAACUGAAUUAGAAAAACGGUGUUCUGGGUAUGAACUUAUACAUGAUAGAUUCAUUGUGCUCAUCAAAUUAAGAGAGUUGAGUUCAGUAGAAAUAAGAGAACAUGCUAUCCGCGUCUGUGAAGGCUUUCCCGAUGAUAUUGAACUCAGUAUUGUUGAAGAAUUGUUACAUUUGCGUGAACAAUUACUCUUGCCAGAAAAUAUAUCCCAAGAAUAUUUAGAACUAAAGCAUCCUCAAACUGUACGGCUGAACGUUCAUUUUCGUGCUUGCGACGAAUAA